AUGUCAGCUAUUCGUUCAAUUCAACGUACAUCUACUUUUGCUAAGCGUGCUCUUGGAGCCCGUACUUACGCUACUUCUGAACCAGUAUGUAAUUAGAGACUAUAAUGGAGCGAAUGGUUCAUAUUAUGACCCAUUUCUUGACUCCAUUAGAUGCUUCCAGCGAAUGAUUCGACAAAUACUAACUAGUGCAGACUUUAAAAACUCGUUUAUCUGAAAUUUUACCAGAAAGAGCCGAAGAAGUUAAGCAAUUCAAGAAGGAACACGGUAAAACCGUAUGUAUUAUAUUUGAACACGGUGAGGUGUUGAUGUAGUCUCAUUUAAACACUAGAUUGACCAGAACGGCACCUGUUGAUGGUUUUAUCUGCCAACGGCACCUGACGGCAUUUUAACUCCGGAUAGUGAAAAAUCGCGAAUUUUCGAUACUAACAAAUAUUUAGGUUAUUGGUGAAGUCUUAUUAGAACAAGCCUACGGUGGUAUGCGUGGUAUCAAAGGUUUAGUCUGGGAAGGUUCUGUCUUAGACCCAAUCGAAGGGAUUAGAUUCAGAGGUAGAACUAUUCCAGAUAUCCAAGAACAAUUACCAAAGGCCCCAGGUGGAUCUGAACCAUUACCAGAAGCUUUAUUCUGGUUAUUGUUAACUGGUGAAGUCCCAUCUGUUGCUCAAACCAAGGCUUUCUCCGAAGAAUUAGCCGCUAGAUCCGCUUUACCAAAGCAUGUCGAAGAAUUAAUCGACAGAUCUCCAUCCCACUUGCACCCAAUGGCUCAAUUCUCCAUUGCCGUCACUGCUUUAGAAUCCGAAUCCCAAUUCGCUAAGGCUUACGCUAAGGGUGUCAACAAGAAUGAAUACUGGGACUACACUUACGAAGACUCUAUUGAAUUAUUAGCCAAGUUACCAAACAUUGCUGCUAGAAUUUACAGAAACGUUUUCCACGAUGGUAGAUUGGGUGCCGUCGACUCUAGCUUAGAUUACUCCGCUAACUUAGCUAACUUGUUAGGUUUCGGUGAAAACAAGGAAUUCCUUGAAUUAAUGAGAUUAUACUUGACCAUCCACUCCGAUCACGAAGGUGGUAAUGUUUCUGCUCACACCACCCACUUAGUCGGUUCCGCUUUAUCUUCUCCAUUCUUAUCCUUAGCUGCUGGUUUGAACGGUUUAGCUGGUCCAUUACACGGUAGAGCCAACCAAGAAGUCUUAGAAUGGUUAUUCAAGAUGAGAGGUGAAUUACACGGUGACUACUCUAAGGAGAACAUCGAAAAAUACUUGUGGGAAACUCUUAACGCUGGCCGUGUUGUUCCAGGUUACGGUCACGCUGUUUUAAGAAAGACCGAUCCUCGUUACACUGCUCAAAGAGAAUUCGCUUUGAAGCACAUGCCAGACUACGAAUUAUUCCAAUUGGUCUCCAACGUUUACGAAGUCGCUCCAGGUGUCUUGACCAAGCACGGUAAGACCAAGAACCCAUGGCCAAAUGUGGAUUCUCACUCCGGUGUCUUGUUACAAUACUACGGUUUGACUGAAGAAUCCUUCUACACUGUCUUAUUCGGUGUUUCUAGAGCCUUCGGUGUCUUACCACAAUUGAUCUUAGACCGUGGUCUUGGAUUACCAAUUGAAAGACCAAAGUCUUUCUCCACCGAAAAGUACAUGGAAUUAGUCAAGAACAUUAAGGCUUAA